AGUUAAAAGCUUCGUUGAGGACCUGAAUCAUAGAGGGUAGGACCAUCUUCCCGUCCUUCAUUGGCUGUGAGGUCUUUUACGACUUACAGCGGAGGUGAAAAAGGAGCUAUCCAUGCAAGUUUUCUCUCGUAACACAACCCUGCACAAAACGGCGGAUAGACCGAUUAAGUUUAAUGUCACAGCGAGGCACUUGGACUCUGGAGUUGCCCUUUGGCUCCUCAUUUACGCGAGAUUCAGCUGGGGAGCAGGCAGUGCCAUUCCCAGUCGGGCUGUAGGACCCAGUGGAAUCGGUUCUAGCCUCCAGGAGGAAGCACUGGCACCUGUUACAGUAAAGAGGCGAUCAGCAGCUUCGACUAGCAGCUAGAACUCAUUGGACCCUGACUGCAGAGAGAGAGAGAACACACAGCUUGAGGGGCAGAACUAGAAGCAAACCCUCUUCUUUUCAUUGUUUUUUUUGGCCUGAUCUUUGGAUAUUUUGUUUGUGUGGGAAACUGCUUUCGUCAUGGGAACAGUCACUUAGUGAGAUGGGAACUGCAUUCCGGGCGAUCCAAUCGAAAACGAACCGACUUUCUGACUCCCUCCUUCACCUCAAGCAACGGGCAGUCCCGGGUAAUGCCCGCGAUGCAGCCGAGCCUCUGCCUUAUCCUGUGGCUGAGCGGAGUCUUCAGCUUGGAGAAGUUCGAUGGACCUUUGCUUGAAGCCAGUUGCCCCCAUGAGGCCUUCUCAUGUGAAGCCAAGUACUGUGACUCUGAACAAAACAGUGAAGAGAUGCCAGUGAACACACUGCUUGCAACUAACUUAACAGCCUCCACUAUACUCUACUGUGAAGAGAACAAGCCUUGCAACCCAUGUAUACGUGUCCAGCUGACUGUGUCACUGGCAGAGAGUAAAUGGAAUCCGGGGGGAAGUGGAAGCCUAUCCAAAAGAAACAAGUACUCUGACACGGUUGAAGAAAGUGAGGACGAAGACAAUAAUGAAGGCUUUGGGUUGAUAUAUAUUUUUUCACAUCAGCUGGAUGAUGGGAUAAACAUGUGUGCACAGCUGAAGAUUCAAUUUCCUCACACUGAUUAUGGAAACAACACAUCAUCAAGACCCAGGCCAAUGGGAACCGUGGAGUUGAGUUGCUUUCAAGCAGUUUUGAAUAGUAAAGUUCUAAUAAAAGCUUCCACAAAAUUUGAAAACCAGGAGGUUUUGCAGCAUAUGCAUGAAGUUGAAGAUUGUACCUUGAAAGAUUUUCUGGAGAACAUAGAAUGGUGCAAGGUUCCAACCAUAAAUACCACAUUAGAAAACAAGAUGCAAAUGGCUGUUAUUAAUGUGCCGCCAAAUUAUUACAGCGUGUUCAAGUAUAAUGUGACGCCACCAUUUGAGAGCAAAAACCCACUGGUUACUGAUGUAUCAAAAGUGAAUGAGGUGCACCUCAACUUCUCAGACAUCGUCCCUUGUUUGUGCGUGCAGGCAUGGUCUGCAACAAUAGAAGAUGCCAGACGAUGUGAAAAAUGUCCAUUUUCUCAGGCUGAGGAAUUUCGAGAAAACAUUUGGAAGUUGAGCAGCCUGGCAGUGGAAUAUAGGAGGAAUGCACUUCAGUGGACAAUUUCAUCGCCAUGCGCCAUGAAGGGCGAGAUCUCCCUAUGCUCAAAAUCAGGGGAUGAUACGUUAUGUCAUGAGAUCCCUCAAUCCAGACAGGCAAUUCAAAUUAAUAAACGGAGUGAAUUCAAAGGUGUGGAUCCGCACCCCUCCCUCUGUAUAAAGAUUAUCUCAGGAGAUCACAUCAAUUUUAGUUGCCCUUUUGAUGCUGAACACUCACUGCCAUGGAAAGUGGAGUCCAAAGUGAAGCACAGAAAUGUCAUCGUGACUAUAUAUCAUAGAAUAAACAAAAUGAACUUCUCGAUCUGUGUUGUGAAAGGAAACAAGUGUGAGCAUUUCCAACAGAACAUAAAAGAGAUUAACCAGCAGAAGAAGCAACUGGACCUUGUUUCACAGGACUGCUUUCAGGUCUGGCGAUCAGAUGUGAACUUCUCGCCCAGAAUCACCAUCUGUCCCUACGAUAUGUAUGCCAGAGAACGAUGGGCUCCAUUACUGGUAGUAUUUUUAAUACUUGUCAUAAUUGUGAUCGUCACAAUUACUGUCAAGACGCAGAUACUGAAAGGUUGUAUAGAGAUGAUCAAAUGGAAACCCAUUGCAACAGCUCCUACAGCUGCAGACUCUCUGGGUAACAGGAAGAUCCUUCUUCUGUAUUCGCUGGAUCACAAUCAGUUUGAAAAGUUGGUUAACACUUUUGCAUUUGUCCUGUGUGAACUUAAAUUCCAAGUAGCUGUGGAUCUAUGGAAGCGUAAAGAACUGGGUGCCCAAGGUCCCCUACCAUGGGUCCAUUCCCAGAAAAAUAAAAUUACAGAAGAAGGUGGAAAAAUCGUCAUCCUCUUCUCCAAGGGUGCCAGUAUAAAAUGUAAUGAAUGGCUUCAGUCCACUGGAAGCACAAAAACCAUACAUGACCCAUAUGAUGGAUUUAUGGCUUCCUUAAACUGUGUUCUUCCUGAUAUCAUGAAGGGAAAUGUUUCUGGGGAGUAUGUUGUUGCAUAUUUUGAAGACUUGCAGAAAAAGGAAGAAAUACCAGAAAUGUUUAAGAAAAUACCAGUCUACAAUUUGCCAUCACAACUUUCCGAGUUCCUCCAAGAGAUUGGUGAACCGGGCAUCUUCAAACCCGCACAGAAAGCAACCAGCUAUCAAUCAGCAAUUAGUGACCAUCUUAAUGACGUCAUUAAGGAGUGCCAGCUGUGGGAACAAAAUCACUUAAACUGGUGUCAGGACUAAUGCACGUUACAGUGGGGACUUGGCCUAAAUAGUCAAGUGGUUAUGGUACUGGGUUUGUAACCCCAAGAUCAAGAGUUCAAAUCUCACAAUGGCAAACUAUGAAACAAUGUAACUUCAUCUGAAACAGAUGGAAACAGGUUUGUACUCGAAAGAGUUACAGUGGACAUCUGAAGGAGAACAAGCAAACAAUGCAAUGAUGCACUGUUCACUGAUAGAAACGGAGAUGCUUUCAAUGGUCUGAAGAUUCCACAAGGACAUAACCUCAGUGCAUUGAGCAAUCACUGUCCCUUGCUGCUUUGGUUAAACUCCAGGUUACUGCCCAAUUGUUAAACAUUGUGACAAAAGAAAAUAGUUGCAAGGCAGGCCAAACCAAAAACUGUAACUGCAUUAAUUUAAUCCUGCUGAUGAUCUUUGAAACAGAUAAUGUUUCAGUUGGUAAGGUUGGAACAACUUAAGUGUUUUAAACCAAUAUUUGGUAACACAAUGCCCUCCUGGAAUUCUUUUCAAUUUCAAAAACGAUGAGCAAAAGCUGUAACAAAUCUGAGCUAAAACAAAAACUCUCUUCAUGUCACUUUCUGCAGGAAUGAAAAUUUUAAUGACAUUGUAAAAUGAUUUCCUACUUUAAUGAAGGGACUAAAAAACUGAAUAUGUUCACUGCGAGAGACAUAUUUUUGUCAAACCAAGAUGUAUUGUCAAUCUGGCUUUUAGGUUUUAGACAUUGUAAACUCAAAGCCCAGGAAACUCCAUGCAUCUAUGGCACUGCAGCAGAAGUAGACAUUACUGGAAAAGACUUCAGGAGGACCUUAUCCAGUACCCAACACAAUCCAGUGUGUGUGAAUGAGCCUGUUCAUUCUAAUUCAGGAGACUUGAGUCACAACCUCAGGCACUCAGCAAUUCUAUAACUGUAGUCUUUUAUGUGUAUAUGUGUACAUCAGUGUAAAUACCUUAAAUGUUUUGUAUUCAGUAUGAUAAAUCUGAUAUCUCUUGGUUCUUUUCACUACAAACCAGUCAUUAAAACAGGAAAUGUUUGCAAUGGGAAAAUCACAUUUCUCCCAAGAUCAUUUUCCUUCUUUUGGUUGAUCUUAACUCCAUCUUUUUAACAUAUCCUUCAAAUCACUCUUUCUUUAGAAACCUAUUUGAUCCCAUCUACACUACUGGAGCCCAUUUAAGUGCACAGCUUGUUUGUCAAAAGUACUUAUUCAGUUGUUCACUAAAAUGAUGUGCUAUUUUUCAUUACAACGUUCUGCUGCAUCUCCCAAAUGCUGCUUCUCUACAAAUUCUCACUUGACCCUUUUGAUCUGCUGCUGUUUCCCUCUCCACACCUAUGGACUAUAACUGCUGACAUUAAAUGAGAACAGAAGAUUGUUUUAGCUCACCACUUCAAUGGUCUACAAUUAUGUUGAAGUAAACUGUUGCAGUUGGAUCUCAGCCAGUAAAAAAGUCAUGUAAUGUAUUCCUAGUUCAUGGUUCAGAGGACAUGCUGUACCAGAAGUGGUACUAGAUGAGUAGGAUUGGGUGGGAGGCAGCAGCAGAUACUCAUUUAGGUUAAGAGUUCAUUUGAGCGUUUUGGAAAAUAUGGAAGUCAUAAGAAAAGAAUUUCUGUACUGAUGUUUAAUUUAUGUAAAUGGACUAUCCCUUUGCCAGGUAUUUACUUCAGUGAGUUUCACUGUAGUCAUUUCACUGACCUGUUAACUUAUUCCAUGUAUCUAUUUAUUUCUAGUUCAAUCCUUUGUGCGUAAAGAGAACUCCUUGCUCAGUCUAAUAAAAUUUUUAAAAGUG